CAUAGGCGAACACUUUCCAUCAAUAAACAUGAAUGAUCCAAAUAGAUAUCUGGACUUUUUCUCUAGAGUCGUAUCUGAGACUGCACAUCUGAUUGCCUUGUGGAUGUCAGUAGGCUUUGCUCAUGGUGUGUGUAAUACAGAUAAUUUCAGCCUGAUAUCCAUUACUAUAGAUUAUGGUCCAUUUGGUUUUAUGGACUCUUACAAUCCAGAUUUUGUCCCAAACAUGUCUGAUGAUGAAAGACAGUAUAAAAUAGGAAACCAGGCAAAUAUUGGGUUGUUUAAUCUGAACAAGAUGUUACAGGCUCUAAACCCAUUACUGGAUCCCAGACAAAAGCAGCUGGAACUGUGAUUUACUAACCAGGAUCUUAAACCAUGACACUGAAGAACUGACAUGGAGAUAGACGCAUACAAAUCCAUAUUUCAUCCCUGGCUCACUUAACUAUGGUUUUAGUAAGGUGGAAAUGUUAUAUUCAGACUGGACCAGUGUCUGCUUUUUACUUUAGUUUUGUGGUAUUACUUCUGUUAGUGAACAGGCUUAGUCCCAGAGGUGAUGUGAUUCAAGCUAACAUGGACAACAAGCAACACAAACUCUGGCAUUGCCUAACUUAUGUGUACUAGAUCUUGCCAUAUAAAAUUAUUAUAUACUCUUGCAAUUAUAUAACAGUGGAACAACAAAUUAAAUGUGAAAGGAAUCUACUGCAUUGCUUGGAAAUUAUGCAAAGAAAAAGAAAGCAGAACUUAUUUGCAAAAUAGCAUGUUUUCCUUCAGGCUAACAAUACAACAUUUCUGAUUUGUUAAAAAUAAUUACAAAACAGUUUUGCUGCAGCAUUUGACAUUUUCU